AUGGCUACCCUCGACAUCAACCAAGUUCGUGCUUGCUUCCCGUCCCUGAGAUCAGGGCACAUCUAUGCUGAUAAUGCAAGAGGAUCGCAAACUGCUCAGUCAGUGAUCGAUCGGAUUGUGGAUUAUCUGUCCAACCCCAACAUACAGUCAGGAACUGACUAUUCGGUUGCAAACUCCCAGCGCGUGGUUGAGGGCUCUAUCGCCGUUGCAGAGUUGUUCAAUGCUGCAUCCCUCGAUGAGGUUGGGUUUGGAUCGAGCUCGACGAUGAUCUUUGAGAACAUCGCUAGAGCACUCGAAAAUGAUAUCCAACCUGGAGAUGAAUUCAUCAUUUCCUAUGAACAUGAAGCCAACAACGGCCCUUGGAAACGUCUGGCUGCGCGGCGCAAUGCCGUGGUUAAAUACUGGCAACCUACGCCAGUAUCUGCGGAAAAUCCUUACUCACUGACAUACAAGGUCGAAGAACUUUUGCCGCUGGUCUCUUCACGAACCAGGCUGGCCGCGAUCAACGCGUGCUCCAAUAUUUUAGGAUCCUUGAUUCCUGUGAAAGAAACUGUGAAAGCUCUUCGCCAGCGUGCAAACGAGCAGGGAGCAAAAAGGCUUGAAGUAGCUUUGGAUUGCGUUGCAUACGCAUCACAUAGAAAAUUGGACGUACAAGAGUGGGAUGUUGAUUACUGCGUGUUUUCUGUGUACAAGGUGUUCGGGGCUCAUAAUGCCGCUGCUUACGUGCGGCUAGCAGCUCUCGAAAGAUCUCUCACAUCUAUUGCACAUGAUUUCCUGAAGGUGGACGACAAGCCCUAUAAGUUUCAACCAGGCGGUCCAGGCCACGAGUUGGUGUAUGGUGCCGCGGCAAUCGUGCCAUAUCUAAAGUCGUUGACACCAGAAGAUGAUCUUGCUGCAUCCUUCAACGCGAUCGCAAAUCACGAGCGGGAACUUUUGGCGCCCUUGCUACUCUUCUUGACGGACGCAAAACAAGUUGACAGGGGUGUUCGCAUCGUCGGGACAAGCGAGAUCAAUCUCUCAAGGGUUCCCACUGUCAGCUUUGUCGUCGUCGGACAGAACGCUAUCAAGAGCAAGGAUAUUGUAGGAGCAUUUGAAAAAAAGGGAGGGAUCUCCAUUCAAUGCGGCAACUUUUACUCGUAUCAUCUUAUCGAUAAUUUACGCCCAAAGCUGGAUGUGAAUGACGGGGUCGUUCGCAUCUCAUUUGUCCACUAUAACACCGUUGAGGAAGUGGAGAAGGUCGUGGACGCGCUGCGGGAAGUUCUUGAGCGAUAG